GAGAAGCGCCAUGAACAGGAACAGGAAGCCGCUGGGAGGCAAAGGCGUCGCCCCACCUCGGCAGAUGGGCUUACUGAUGGAUCUGUCUCCCGAAGGCAUGAUGGCCGGGGACGGGGUGGACGAUACAGACCUGGAGGCCGAACUCCUGGCAAUCGUCGGGGGCCAGCCGGAUCCCAAGCAGAAAUCAAACGGGAAGACUCCUUUGCCAAUGGAGGCGAUUGAAAGAAUGGCCGCUCUCUGUAUGAAGGAUCUCGACGAAGAGGAUGGGGGAGGAGAAGACGAUCUGGAAGACAUGGAAGACGACGACGAACUGCUGGCGGAACUCAACGAAGUCCUCGAAGAAGAAGAUGAAUCCCAGGAAGUUGUGACUCCUGCAGCUCCGAAGACAAAUGACACCCCGGCUGAUUCCAGUAGGACCGAAUCCCUUUUGCUGGAAAGGCUGGACAUGUACAAGGCGGCAGUCGCGAAUGCGAAACAAGCUGGGGAGGGCUCCAAGGUGCGCCGGUACGAAAGGGGCCUCAAGACCCUGGAGAACUUGCUGACCUCUGCAAGGAAGGGGAAGAAGAUCGACGAGGAGGAAGUCCCUCCCCCGGUGGCCACGGGAAAGAGCGCCGGCCCCCAGGAGGCUUCUCCUGCAGAGCCAGUUUUGCCUUCCCCAGCCUCCCUGCCUAGUGAAAGUGCCACCUUGUCCAGCCGCCGUCCUCCGGACUCUGUUCCAGCAGACCCCGAGCAGUCGUCUCCGAAAGCAUCACCUGUGUCCCGUGCCCAGUCCAGUCCGCCCCCCAAGCAGCCACCGCCGGUACUUCCAAAGCCAAAGAUUUCUCCAGCCCCCGCCGUGCCUCUUAGAUCCCCGGAGACGCCCCCGGAAAGAUCUGGCCCCUUGGCACCCUCUCCUACUGCAGGUUCCCAAACCUCUCCUAACCAGGCGGUCCUGCAGGGCCGACAACGGGAGUACAAGCUGGCGGCCUUGCGUGCGAAACAGGAAGGCAGCAUGGAAAUGGCUACCAAGUAUUUCCGCAUAGCCAAGAGCCUGGACCCCCUUUUGGAAUCCCUGAGUAAAGGCGAGCCAGUGGACCUCAGCCGCCUGCCUCCCCCUCCAGAUCAGCUGCCCAAAGAACUGCUGAUCCCGAGCAUGCCGCAGUGCCCGGUAGUGACAGCGACGCCCGUCACGCAGGCCGUGUCCCCUUUGGCGCCGGGAGUCUCAGGAGCAGGAGACAUGCCCCCGCCCCCUCGGGACAUGAUGGAAGCCCUGCAGCAGAGGAUGGAGAGGUACAAGACUGCUGCCGCCCAGGCCAAGAGCAGAGGGGACGACCGGAAGGCCAGGAUGCACGAACGGAUCGUGAAGCAAUACCAAGAGGCCAUCAGAGCUCACAAAGCAGGGAAGCCCGUGGAGUUUGCUGACCUACCUGUUCCGCCAGGUUUCCGUCCGAUCCAGGGGAUGGAACAUUCGUCGGGAGACCAGAGCUUUGUGGGGAUCCUCGAAACGGCCAUGAAACUCGCCAGCGCAAAGGAUGAAGAUGACGAAGAGUCAAAAAAGCCGGAUGUCAGCCCCGCAUCGUCCCGGCCGACAACCUCACCACAACAGAAGCCGCCGGCCCAGCCGGGCUCACAGACUCCGUCUGCCACACCAAAGGCAGGCGGAUCGGCAAAAACGACCUCCAAGAUCGUCACGAAAGCUCAGCAGCAGCUGGCCUUCCUGGAAAGCCGCAAGAAGCAACUGAUGGCGGCGGCCCUCCGAGCAAAGCAGCAGAAUGACAUCGAGGGGGCCAAGCUGUUCCUCCGCCAGGCCAAGGGCCUGGAACCCAUGAUCGAGGCCUCGCAGAACGGGCUCCCGGUCGAUAUAACAAAGGUGCCUCAGGCCCCCAUGAACAAGGAGGACUUCACCCUCGUGCAGCGCCGCGGAGUCGGUCUCUCUCCGGAGACGGCCGCCCAGUACACGGAGCUCGUGAAACUGAUGAGGCAGCAAUACGAGAUGUGCAUGAAUUAUUCCGGGCAGUUCACCCAUUUGGGAAACAUCGCAGAAACCACCAAGUUCGAGAAGAUGGCUGAAGACUGCAGAAAGAACAUGGAGACCCUGAAGCAAGCCCACGCCAAGGGGUUCCCGCUGCCCAGAUAUCAUUAUGAGCAGCGGACUUUCAGCGUGAUCAAGAUCUUUCCAGAACUGAACAGCAAUGAUAUGGUUCUUUCUGUAGUGAAAGCAAUCAACCUGCCAGCGCCUCCCGGCGUGGCUCCUAACGAUAUUGACGCUUUUGUGCGCUUUGAGUUCCCUUACCCCAACGCGGAGGAAGCGCAGAAGGACAAGACCAACGUGGUCAAAAAUUCCAACUCCCCCGAAUUCCAAGAGCAGUUCAAGCUGUUUAUCAACCGGGGGCACCGCGGCCUCAAGAGAGCCCUGCAGACCAAAGGCAUCAAGUUUGAAGUGGUCCAUAAAGGAGGGCUCUUCAAGACCGACCGCACGUUGGGAACGGCGCAGCUGAAGCUGGAAGCACUGGAGACAGCUUGUGAGCUCCGGGAGUUCCUGGAGCUCCUGGACGGCCGGCGGCCGACGGGAGGCAAGCUAGAAGUCAUCGUCCGCCUGAGAGAACCGCUGAGCUCCCAGCAGCUGGAGACGACAACCGAGAAGUGGCUGGUCAUCGAUCCCCUGACGAUGCCCCCGGUCGCCGUUCCCAAACCCAAGCAGGUUGCGGUUCCCAAACCCAAGCCAGCGGUGACUCCCACGAAGGAUGCGGGCGGCAGCAAACCGGUCUACGCCCUGCACAGCUUCAACGUUCUCACCUUUGACAAGGAGAAGCUGGAGAGAAAGAUGAUGGCCUGCAGGCAGUCCGGCCAGCGCCUCCCCAACCAGCUGGUGGACCAGCACCAGGAAGUCGCGAGGAUGAUCCAGUGGCAGAAGUCCCAGCUUCAGCACGGAGGCCCCGCGGUGAGAAAAGAGUACCUGGCGCAGCUGGAACGGUACCAACAGCUCUACACGGAGGCAGCGCGCCGCCUUGGCACUGAAGGCAAACGGGAGGCGGCCAAAGACGCUCUUUACAAACGGAAUCUGGUCGAGCGGGAGCUGCAGAACUUCCACCAAUGAAAGAAACGCUGAAGAUGCGAAAGCCUGAGAAUUUGCACUGUCGAGUAACCGCACCGUUGGUCACACGCGGUCUCCUUCCUGCAAGGGUGUGGGGGGAGCGGUAAGGGGGAGGAGAGGAGGCACUUGAUGGGGGGCCGCAGGGGGGGACCCCCUAGCUCACUGUGUUUUGGUGGUGGUUGGGGGAAUCUUCCUGGCUUUCGUGUCCUCGCACAAUCGAUAAAGGGAUCAGAGUCUACGGGUAUGGCAAGGCACGGGACCCCGCCAGGUGAAGAGAGACAAUCCCGGUGGCAAAGGCACUGCCACCCUGCCCUCUGGGCAACACACGUCUUAAUUAACGAGUCCGUUGAGCCAUCCCGCAGCAGGGCCUUGGUUUCUGGACUCCAGCGGAGGAGGAGGCGACGGAUCCUCCUCCACAUCCUCACAGUCGCUCUGGCAUGCAUCCCUGCUAAUAAUUUAUACUUUUUGGAACGCUAGUGGUUUCCCCCUCCAAAGCUUUCUAGGAAUCAUAGUCCUGUGAGGGUGCCGAUGAUUCCCCGGCACCCCCGACAGAACUACAACUUCUCAGGCCCAGCACCUUAACCUGCACAAACCUUUUUUAGUCGGACACGCUUUGUGAUGUAAACACGACCAUAGCACCUUGCCUCUCCAAGCCCCCGGACGUGGAAGGGACCCUGCGGCACCCGAGGCGUGCUGAGCUUUUUAGCAUUUAGGGUUUUGGCGCUUUCCGGACCCCGAAGACUUCCCUGCCCUUGCAGGGGCUCCCUCGGCCCCGUCCGGUCCGCAGCUCCCUUCCGAGCCCUCCCCCCUUCUCUCCUUGCACCCGACACUUUGCACGCCCCUCUGAGCGUUGCUCGAGAAGGUCUCGCCUUUCCCCAGCCAGGCCUCCAAGGGCUCCCCGCCUUAACCGCCUUGAUGCCUCCCAGGGCCCCCACCAGGAUGCGGUGCACAAGGCCUCGCUCGCCAGCUGCCCUCCUGCACACAUUCCUCGGGCCCUGGAAAGGCGGGCCCAACCCACCCCCGUCUCUCUGCCUCACAUGCCACAGAACCCACGCUGGUCACGGCGCUGCCUCUUUGCAUCGGUCCAUUUCGGAGCUGCCAGAGGAAAGGGGCCUGAGAUUUCGAGAUUCCCUCCUCUCCGAGAGAGGCCGACUCGACAUUUGUCUUCCCCACCAGUGUCCCGGCCUUCUGACUCCGUCUUCCAAAAAAACACACACCCCGUCUACAUUUGCUUUCGGCUUCACACUUCAACCGUGCUAGUAUAAUGUUGCCUGUCCGGAUAUGCUUAUCGCCCUCUCGUGGCGGCUACAUUGUCACUGCGCCUCCGCUUUAAGCGAAUCUUCUCCAAACCGCUUUCAAACAAGCACGGAGAAGGGCAGCGUCACAGCAGCACGAAACGGGUUUAAGAAUGCACAUGCAGAUUCGACCAGAGGGAGAAGCACACGCCGAGGGCCAUUCCUCCUUUCUCCCCGGCUUCCUCAGGAGUCCCCGGCAGGGUGUCCCUCUAGCAGGACAUUCGCAUCCAGGUUGGUGGAGCAGCCGCUGGGCCUGGGAACACCCAACAGCUUGUGAAAUACAAUCGGCCGCGGUGUAGUUUGGAGCCAUGUUUGGGCCAACAUCUAAAAAACCCCUUGCCCCCGCCCGCAUUCCUUCGGAAACCAAAAUGGAACUCCUCCCGUCCCCUGGUGGUGAGAAAGGACGACGAGCGUAUGUUCCCGGCAGCUUCCCCCCCCUUUCCUCGCUUCCCUGACCUCAUUUACGCAAACCUUUUUUUGAGAGGGGUUUUUCCCCCCUGAUCUUGAGACAAGUGCCUGCCUCGGAGGUCGCCCCUCACCUCGAGGUGUCCUGAAAGCCAAGGUCAGAAACAAAGAGCCUGCAGGUUUGACUGUGUUUUUAUUUUGUGCUUCAGAGUGACAUAGAUUAUAACGUUUUUAGGGGAGGGAAAUGGAAGUGGGAAAUGAAUAUGUAUAAGACCCCCCCCCCUCUAGAACCUUGCACCAAUAAACACCUUGUG